AUGAAUAUGCUCAAAUUCUUGUGUGGAGCUCUAACCCUUGUUGGAUGCGUCAAUGCCUUUGGAGGAUUUCCUGGAGGAAUGGAAGCAGGCGCUCCCAAACCUUACAACUUCGGCUACAAUGUUAAUGGCGCGCAGGGCAAUCACUUCCACAAGGAGACCGGAAAUGGCCAAAGUGUGAGUGGUUCUUACGGGUACACUGACCACAAAGGUUUGCACAGAGUUGUGGACUACGUGGCUGAUGCAGGAGGUUUCAAGGCCAGUGUCAAGACCAAUGAGCCUGGCACCGAUGGAAAAGAAAAUCCAGCUCAUGUUAAUGUGCUGGCCAAUUCAGUAUCUGUAGGCAUGCAUGGUUCAGGAGGAGGCUUUGGUGGCUUCCAAGGUGGAUUUGGAGCUGGAGGUGGUAAAGCUGUCAUGUACCAGUGGUAA